AUGGCUGGUGAAGGCACGAGCAGCAGCCGCCGCCUUAGGAUCUAUGGUCCGGACAACCUAGGUAUCGGGGACGACGAACACGCGGCGGACAGAGAUCUGCGCGGAGGGAUCCGGAGCGAGCUCCUCGCCACGAUCCACCGCUGCUACGCCGGGGCGAAGCUCGUCGACGUCGGCUUCUGCUUUGGGCUGCUGGACCCGCGCCGCAACAUCGCCGUCGGCCAGGCCAUCGCCUGCGCCGAGGAUUUCCUCCUCCGCAUGCCCACCGAUUCGGAGGAGGAGGAGAAGCCAUGGCGGCCGGCAAGUCGGCCCUUGAUACGGUGCAUCUACGAGCGCUCGCUCGACGGCCUCGUCGCCUUCCUGGUCGCCCUCUUUCCCUACCUCACCAACUACAGGGCCAUGUGGUACCUCAACAUGGCUGAUUCGGAUCCCCUCGUGGCUGCCCGCCUCGUCAUCAACCACCGCGGGAUGGAUCGGACCUUCGGGUUUGCGUCCGACGCCACCGUGGCCGCCGUCGAGACGGCCCUCCGCUGCGCCGCAGCCGCCGCCCAGCACCCCAACCCGCGCCACUUUUCUCUAGGCUGGAGGCUACUGUCCCCUUCUCUGCAGGAGCUAUCACGCCCCAGCUGCGUUACCCUAAACCCAUCUGACCUAAUCCACAUCAUGUCGCUUCUUCGUCGGCAACAGCCGCCUCCCGUGUCUAUUAGCCUGGACAAAAUGUGGGAGCUAGCCUCCUGUCGCCUCCUCAAGCGCACCGUCAAGCUUGCCUCUUGUGGCCUUCUCAACCUCAACCCUCAUCAGGCUAUAACGAACACCUUCCCUCCAGUGCCGCGGCAGACUCUCAGGCGUAUGCUUCUCACCACCAUCCAUGGAUACUACCUGCAGGCUCUUGCCAGGCUGCCCAAGGACAAGCUGCGCUCGCGCUACCACCACAGUCUGCUCCUCGCCGGCCACUGCUACGGACCGCUCGACCCCGUCUCCAACAUCAUCCUUAAUACCCUCUGGUACAGCCACGCCUACCCUCUAACGCUAGAGAAAAACGUCGAGGUCGAGGCCAUCAGCACCAAACCCCUGCUGCGGAUCGCAGUCCGGUCUCUAUAUGGCCUCGUCUCCUUCCUUUGCACCAGCUACCCUGCCCUCACGCCGGGUGAAGCCCUCCGCCGACUGCACGUGGCUGCGGCCGAUCUCCGGGUUGCUCAGGGUGAUCCAACCCUGCUUGACAACCAUUCGGGAGCACCACCGGUACCUGUCGAAGAAGCCUACGCGGCUGCAGCCAAGGCCGCAUACCACCCCAAGCCGCAUCAGCAGGCAGAGUUCCUCGGACCAUCAAAUACCGUGUUGUCCGCCUUCUCGCAAGUCCUCCAGCUUGAUGAUCCGGGGAAGAUCCACCAAUUAUUGUUGUCUGUUGUUACGAGCAGCAGCGUAAUAGCACAAGAAACAAAAAACAUCAACGUGUUAAGCCCCUGGGAUUACUCUUUUGUCAUGGGAAUUGUAGGUGACUUCUGGGACAACCACAGCAGAGCCGUGAGAAUGGUGAAAUCUGCAAUCGAUAUGUACAGCCAGCAGCACGGGGUACCAAAAUACGAGCUCCAUGUUAUCUGCGGUGUCAAUGAGUAUGUGGAUGCCCCUGUCCUGGUGACGCCAUUUGAAAACAUGUACCGUUGCUCCCACAUCAACUUCCUCGCAACCCAAACAGCAGGCACACGUCCAGUGCUCUUCUUCGCUGAGUGCCGCAACGACGGCUCUGGGGUAGGGUUGUGCUGUACUGUGGCUGUGCCACUUCCAGGCGCUGAGCAAGUCCGUUGCCUUUACUGCGAGUGCAUGGGGAGCAGGAUUGUGCACCCGGCGGUAAAGGAGGAGAGAUUCCGUGGGCGUACCACAGAGUUUGAGAAAAUGUUGGGCGGAGAUGAAGUAUAUUCACAAGGGUACCGCAACAAUGACAUCAUCUCUGGUAGCCAUGAAGAAACCUUGUGGGUGGAUUAUCUAGAGGAGGACCAGAUAUACGGCGAUUACGUCUGCGACCAUAGUAAAGUCGAAGAGAAGUUCCCAAGGGACUUAUUUUAAGACAUGUAGAGUUUCUGCUACACAAUGCCUUGUAUCUCUCUCUAGGAAUUAGAUA